ACCUCGUAAGCACGUUUUCGUUUUCCGUCCGUGUUACCGCGAUUUUGCACUCUUCGUGAACGAAAAUCUCGUGUCUCGACCUCGGCCAUCCACCAAGACCAUGGAUUUUGCAUAAAUUAUUUGUUGCGUGUCAUUUCAUGAAGCUGAAGCAUGAACAAUACCUAAUUCAAUCAUUCCAUUGAACGUCAGUUGUGAAUUUCGACGAGAAUUCUUUUACUGAGUUUUGAGGGGUACUCCUAAUAUCCAGAAUCCAGAAUCCAAUCAGUAGCUAAACCAUGUCGACCUCAACCUCUCGAACUACCCGAUCCAAAAAGGCAGAUGUUUCUCAAGAGUUAUCUCCCCAAACAACGGGAAGCAUUGAUGUGAAUUCAGGAAGCGACAGUGGGGUAAGAACCAGCAGUAGACUCAGGAAUCGCACAGAAAGUAUGAGUAGUUUGAUCGAUGAAGCCAGCUCUACGCUCAAUACCAGUUCUGCAAAGUUGAAUAGUCUGAAAGAAAUUGAUGAAAAUGUAUUGACACAAUCCAAAAGGAGCAGCAGCAGGCUAAGUCAAAAUCUUAGUCAAGAAAACGUAACAGCUGAACAAGGAAAUAAAAGGUGUAGCAGCCGAUCCAGUAAGAUUUCAGAAGCAGUUACUGCUGAAGAUGUUCCAGACAAUGCACCCACAACACGGUCAAAAAGAAGCAGUAGCCGAUUAAGUCAAACUUCUGUUGCAAGUGAUAAUACUGAUGGAAUAUCUCUCUCUCAGCAAGGCAGGAGGUCGAGCAGCCGCACAGCAAAAAUUUUAGAUGCUGUUGAAAAUGUCUUGACUCCACCAACAACACGCAGCAGUAGUCGCCUGAGUCAAAUAUCAGAAGCAGAGAGCACGGAAAGCUUGUCCAAUAUAACCACACGUCGGUACGGCACUCGUUCAAGAAAAACUGAUAGUGACACAAACAUGGAAAUUGCCACAUCAGGUAGAAGAAGCAGCAGUCGCCUUAGCCAACUUUCAGAUAGCUCAGAGAAUUUGUCAGUAAUCAUUGAACCAGCAUUCACCCGUUCCUUGAAGCAGAACUCUGAUAAAGGACCAAAAGAGAAAGUGAUUUCUGAGGUCAUUGAUAUGUCUAAUGUCUCCGAAAAAGAUACCCCGUGCAUUGCAAUAAAAGAGACACGAGAAAAUAAACGUGAAAGUAAAAGGCUCAGCGUCCGAGGCAAAUCAACCCUGGAAGACAUUCAAGAAGUGCAAGACGAAAUUGCUCCAACGAGACGUAGCACCCGGUUACGAAGAGACUCUGAAUCAACAGAAAAAAACGAAAAAUCAACUCCAGUGAAAAUUGGAAGCCGAAAGAGCAUAAUGUGUAGCACCCUUCAGAGAAUACCGGAUGAAGAUGAAAACAAAGUUGGAAGUUCGCCUGAGAAAAAAAACCAAAUCAAGGAAACAAUCAGUGCAUCAGAGAAAGAUCAGGAUACUGCUGAAGAAAAUGGAAACGUAACAGAGCCAGACGGAAUCAAAUCUUCUGUUAAUCAGGAAGGUGCAAAUGAAACGUCCAAGAGUUCCGAUGCCCAAUUAUACAGUCUGAUCAGUUUAGAAAUUUCCAGGGCCUCUUCUUCUGAGUCCUUGAUGGAAGCCCAUGAUAAGUCUGAAUCGAAGAGCACCUCUAAGAAGAGACAGGGAGCUUGCAGUACAGCAUUAAUGUCCGAAAGGAAUGACAUUCAAAUUAAAACAUCUCCUGCAAGGAAAGAAGUGAGUUCACCAGUAAAGCAAACAGCCUCCAGUAAAGAAAUUAAUUCCGAAAUUAAUGACAUACAAAGCAAAGCAUCUCCUGCAAAAAAAGAAGGGAGUUCACCAUGUAAAUCAUUCCAGAGAAAGCAGUGUGAUAUUAGUGUGGUUGACUGUAAUAAGAAAUCUACCCCCAAGAAAUCAGAACGAACCCUGCAUAACUCCUCUGUCUGUGAAAAUUCAACCCAUGAAAUGAGCCUUUCCUCCUCAGAUACUGUGGUCCAAACUAAAGACGCUGUCAAGCAAGACGAUUUAGCGGAUCUGAAGGUCUCAGCGCAAACCGAUGAAGUUUUAAACCCAGCAGUAAGCUCAAAUGAUUCGCAUCUUUUAAGUGAUCAAAAAGAUGACGAAAUUGACCCAAAAUAUUCUAAGGACAAACCUUCGGCUGCUGGGUCAAAAUAUAUAAUGCAAAAUUCACCGAAGAGAUCGAAAUGUUUGUCUGUUGCAACAUAUCCGCUCUGUGAAGAUGGUUCAGCCCACCAAAAAUCCGAGACUUUCACCAAACUGACACUUCAAGAAACCAGCCUGUGCUGUUAUAAAUUAACAUUGGAUGGAACAAGCAAUGAAAGCACAACUCAGAAUCAAGUGUCACCUUCCAAAAAUUCAAAUAUCCAAGAUAAGAUAGCCCUCUCUCCCCGUAAAAGUCUGUCGAUUAUUGAUCCGCCAAGUCCAGCAAGAAAAAUUGAUUCCUCUCUAGGUUCUGGACCCAAUAAAGAAUUUCAAGAAAAGCUGAAUAAAACAAUCACCAACAGCACAACUCAGAAUCAAGUGUCACCUUCCAAAAAUUCAAAUAUCCAAGAUAAGAUAGCCCUCUCUCCCCGUAAAAGUCCGUCGAUUAUUGAUCCGCCAAGUCCAGCAAGAAAAAUUGAUUCCUCUCUAGGCUCUGGACCCAAUAAAGAAUUUCAAGAAAAGCUGAAUAAAACAAUCACCAACAGCACAACUCAGAAUCAAGUGUCACCUUCCAAAAAUUCAAAUAUCCAAGAUAAGAUAGCCCUCUCUCCCCGUAAAAGUCUGUCGACUAUUGAUCCGCCAAGUCCAGCAAGAAAAAUUGAUUCCUCUCUAGGCUCUGGACCCAACAAAGAAUUUCAAGAAAAGCUGAAUAAAACAAUCACCAACAGCACAACUCAGAAUCAAGUGUCACCUUCCAAAAAUUCAAAUAUCCAAGAUAAGAUAGCCCUCUCUCCCCGUAAAAGUCUGUCUUCUGUUGAUCCGCGGAGUCCAGCAAGAAAAAUUGAUUCCUCUCUGGGCUCUGUACCCAAUAAAGAAACGAAAAUGUUAGCUCAAGAGAAACUUGAUGCCACUCAAAAUGAACCAUCCGCAACCUCUCAAAUCUUUUCUCAAUCUGAAACUGAGAAGAAAUCUUCAAGUCCAAUGAAAAAAGCUCUCAAAGAGUCAGAUCCAGUUGCAUUGAAGAAAAUUAAGAAAUCUGAAGACUCCAAAAACGCAGAUUCUAAGCAUAAUAAACUUGAAACUGCGUCAGAUAAAUCAGAAAUUACAAAAGAUGAUGUUUGUGUUGCAGUAGAAAAUAAAGAAAAAACAAAUAAAUUAGACCAAGAGACUGAACUGAAAAAUCAUGCUGAAAGUGAUGAUGAUAAUUUGUGUCUGGACGGAGGCAGUGACUCAGAUGAUCCUGAAUUAUUAAAGAUCAAUUUCAGUGAAGAUGGAAGUAGCGAGUCAUCAGAUGAUUCCUCUAAGGGCAAAGAAGAAGAUCAAGUUCCUAAAAUCGUUCAUGAGAAUGAAGAUAUUAUCACAUUAGAUACGAAUAAUAAGUCACAAACAGCAAAACAAACUGAAGAGAUUUCAGAACUUGAUAAAGCCAACAGUGUGGAUUCUGAUGAUGAUGUUAAUUAUGAAACUUCCAUCAACAAUCAAUCCGUAGUAGUUCUGAAUAAAGAGCCUCCAAAAAAUAAAAGAGUGUCCUUCUCAAACGAUGUUAAGGAACCGAAAAAGUCCCCCAAGAAAUCAACGUUACUCCUUUUAAGUGACCCUGACUAUGUGUCAAAAAUUCAAAACUACAUCAGCAAUGAACUUCAAAGUAGACAACAGUUGAAGCAAAUUUCCAAAUUAAAUAACCCAAAAAUUGUCAAACCUUCGAAAAAAGUUGAUAAACCCAUAGCUCUGAAAAAAGAAAAACCCAAACCUUUGGAAAAGCCGGUUGAACAUUUGAGUAAGAAAAUCAAAAUCGAUGAGGUACCAAAGUGUGCCCUGAAAAUGUCUUCCAAGAACACGGAUCAAACAUCGUCAAGCCAACAACCUAAGCCCAUUGCUAGUAAGGCCAUGGAGAGGAAGAAGGAACCCUCAAAAUCGUUGAGUAAGAAACAAGCUUUGACAACUGAUAAGUUUAGCCUCAAACCCGUAAAACCCUCAAAUGAUAAGUUUGCAAGUAGUAACGCAGAAACCCUAACUCAAAAUGUUGGAAGCUCCCAUCAAAGUUCCUUGUGUGCGACAAGUAAUUCUGAUCAAGAGACGAACAAUUUUCUUACAGACAAGUCGAAGAAUAAAAGGAAAGUUGAAGAGAAUACUAUUGCAUCUGCUUUGAAAAAAGCAAAAUUAAUUCAAAAUGAUCCCAAAUUUAAAGAAAGGGCAGAAUCAUUUCCUCAAAAAUCGAAGAAAUCUAAUAAUACGGCUGGUCACAUUACUGAUCAAUCUAAGCAGAAGGUAGCCAGCACAAUGAACUUCCAAGUCACCAUUGGCAAAACCAAACCAAUUUUUCAUAAGUCUCUUCCUGCAAAACAGUUCACUUUAAGUGCGCUUACUUCAUCUCAGUCAAAUGAGAAAAAUGAAGCCAAGGUGAUUCCUGCCAGUUGGGGAAAAAUCCUUGUUGAAAAUAACCAUCAGACUUCGAAAAUCUCUCUUAAAAGUACAUCAGCUGAUGCGAAGAAUAAAUGGGAAGUCAAACCUUCCAAGGAGCAACCUGCAAGCACUUUUGAGGGGAAGAAAGUCGACCAGACUGCUUCAGCAAGCACCCAAGCACAUAUAUCCGACAGGAAUUUUGGUAAGAAAAAUCUGAUACCAGUCCCUGCUGUGACAAAAGUUGCGCCGCAAGUUCCAACUAAACCUAAACCAGAGCUAACCAAACUAUCAGUUGCCAACAAAGCAUCGGGAUAUCAAGUUUCGAAUAUUUCGAAGAAGAAAAAGAAAAAGAAAUCCAAGUCUCUGAGUCAAGAUCCAACAGAAGUGAUGAAAAAUUUAGCAGAUAGUUUUGUUCAAACAGCAAAAAAACCCAAUCUUAGCUCAAAAAGUUCUUUCAACUGGCCAACCAACGAUGAUGGUGAAACAAUUGAUGAAAAUGACGAUGUUAAUGUAACUAGGUUACAGGAAAGAAAAACUUCACUUGUACAAUUAAAAGAUCAGAAUCCUGUCAGCAAUUCAAGAAAGCUAAGUGUUGCAAAUGUAUUCCAGAAACAGAAAGUACCCACUAUGAGCAUUGCUUCUGACAGCACCAGUCAAUACUUUAAAUCCUUUGACAAGAAGAAGCAUGGGGAUCGUUUUGACAGAAAAAGGAAGCUCUUAACAACACCAGGAAGUGAACUGCCCAAACCAGCCAAAAGUGCUCAUUUAGAACCAGUUAAAGGCUCGCAAGAUUCUGAGGCUGAACCGUCUUCUAACAGUGAGGCUUUGAAAACUUUACCCGAGGAUUUCUUAAAAAAAUUAAGUCAUCGAUCGCAGCUGCUUCCAGUUUUGAACCAAGACAAUCAUGGCAAGAAGAAAAGGAAGAAGAAUAAGAAGAAGAAAAAUUUCCAGACAUCAGAACAGGGUGGAGCCUCCAGUGGUCUAGAUGAUGAUUUCAUCCCCCUGUCAGGAUGUAGUACCAAAUUCAAAGUUGUGGCUCUCAAUGAUACCUCAAAGCAAAGCCAAGGUAUUUCUCAUUCCAAGAAUAAAUUUCUCCAGAGGAGAGAUACGAAAAGAGAACCAGUACAAAAUAUUCUCAAGUAUAGGCAAAAGAUGAGUAAACCUGAGAAAACAAAAUGGUUCUCUACAGUUUCUUAAAGCAAGAUUUCCUCAAACUUAUUCAUCCAUCUCAGCAGCCGCCAUUGAUUGCCUUGAUGGUAUUUGGAUGUAAGUCCUAUUGUACCUAUCAAUGAUCUUUCACAAGUUAGGUAGUUCCUUUGCCAGUUUAUCAUUAUCUUUUAUUUUUAGCUUAAGAAAAAGUUACUGAAUUUAUGCAUCAACGUUCGUCUUCUUUUUUUCAUUUUUUUACUGUUUGACUCAUAAUGACAUCAAAGUAAAUGCUUUAAUGGAAUUUUCUUUAUUUCUAUUACUUUUCCGUAUUUGUUGUGAAAAAUGUGUGCUCCCAAGUAGCCAUAGAUUACGAAAUGCCUUAAUGGAGUUUUCUGUAUUUCUAUCACUUUUCUGUAUUUGUUGUGAAAAAUGUGAGCUCCCAAGUAGCCAUAAAUUAAGUAUUUUUGAAUUUUUGUGCAUUUAUUGUUCUUCUGUUUUAUUCAAUAACAUAUUUUUCUUAGCCAUAGAUUACGAAAUGCCUUAAUCGAGUUUUCUAUAUUUCUAUCACUUUUCUGUAUUUGUUUUGAAAAAUGUGAGCUCCCAAGUAGCCAUAAAUUAAGUCUUUUUGAAUUUUUGUGCAUUUAUUGUACUUUUGUUUUAUUUAAUAACAUAUUUUUCUUAUUUAA